UGAUCAUAUACAAAGUUUUAAUGAAGAUGAUUUGUUCAAAUCCGGAUCUCCUCCUGGAUUGGUUGGUAUAGGUCUUCAUCAACAGAUCUAUCCAGUGUCUGUACCUAACAACCAGUCAGUUCUUCCACUAUCAGCACCUACAAAUUUUAUGCAAACUAAUGUGGGUCAGCAUUCAUAUAUGCAUCCAAGUCCAAGAAAUGCUGUAACAUUCAGUGCACAAGAGUUUCAACAUCGCGUUGUAAGCAGGACAUGGAGUAGGGAUUUUAGAGCUGAGAAUCCUUCGAUACAGCAGCAUGGCCAUGAGGCCAUGCAAAAUUGGUACAUGCAAAACCAGUCCAGUCAGCAGCAGGCAGGGUCACAGUCUAGGCAGCAAAUUGAGAUGCAGUCUAUGCAUCAACCGGCAGGAACACAGUCUAUGCAACAACAUUUGCAGACACAGUCUAGGCAGUAUGGUGGAUCACAGUCCAGGCAACAACAGAUGGAAAUAAGCCAACAGCAGUCUCAGAUACAGCAGACACGACAGCAGCCGUACUUGACACAGUCACAAAGUUAUAACUUGUUGCCCCAAGACAGUAACCCCACCUACCAGCAUAACAGAGGUCAGGACCAGGUUUAUAUGUUCCAGUAUGGUCAAGGUCAGAGUAACAGUCAGCGUCAUGAUAACAUUAGUCCACAUGGCUCAUCUUCCACCUACCAUGGCGACAGGUUUGAACAUCUUCCCAGGUCAGAAAGUCAACCAGGGGAGCUGGUUAGAUCUGAAAGGUUGAGCUCAUCGGACAACAGGAACCCAUAUGAGAAUAUCUCUACGCCCUACCAAGCUGGAAGGUUACAUGCCACACCUUUACAUCCACUAUCUCUUGCUGCCCAUCCACACUUUAAUCCUUACCAGACCAGUACCCCAAGGUCCGAGGGACACCAUAAUGGAGCAAGGCCAAAAGUUCCGCAGACCCAAAGGCAGCUUUUCCCUAGCACGGAGAAUCCGCAGAAUAUAUAUGGCAGAAGAAAUACAGGAAAUACAGACAUGCGAAUAUAUGACCCAAGGAAGGUUUACGAGGAGAGUUUAGGUGGCGCCACAUACAAACAGUACACAGGGUAUACAGCUCAACCGAGAACACCGUUAUUAAAUCCAGUCAUCAAUCCCAGACCACCAUUACAACAGGAAGGACAGAGAAUGGAGCUGCGUCUGGAUAUCAACAAGGCACAACUAGUGCCCGAGAUGCCAGUUCUUAGUCACGCACAGACUGCUCCAGUAUUCUCGCCUCCCAAAACACCGUCAAAGAAAAGUCCAGAUUUUCACCGCACACAGUCCUACAUGCCGAUAACAGUACGAAAAUCUCCAUCACUUACAGGCCCUGGGGUAACGUCUGCUUCAUCGAGCCAAAAGGAAGAUAAAAUGUCAACAUCAACAUCAAGGUCUCAGUUUGAAGAACAGGACGAAGCUUUCAGAGAACUAGGUCGUACAGCAGAGGAAGCCCUGUCCCAGCAUAGUGAUCAUGGCCCCGGAAUUUUCAUGUUCCAUGAAGAUGAUGAUUUUGAUGACCAGUUUAAGGGAGAGAUAGAGGGAGAGAUAGAUGACAGGUACCUAGAGAACCCAGCAGAGAGCCUGGCACAUGUGUUAGAUCCUGUACAAGAUACAAGUAUUGCUGUUAUAUUUAGGAGUAAUACCAAUGGAAAGGAAUUCAAGAUGAACUUCUUCCGUAAACACGCUUCCUUAACAUGGGAAAAAAUCAUCAAAGAGGAAUUGGAUGGAUUUUCAAGAGUUUCCCUGGCAACAGAAUACGAGUUGCAGAGAUUUUGUUUGAGGAGACAGGAUGGGAGUGUUAUUGACCUUGACAGUUGCCUUGGAAACAGAAGCUGUACUGUGAUAAUGAUCGAGGCAACAGACAGCGACCCCUGGUGGAUCGAGGGUGGCAUGAUUGCAAAGUGAUCAAUUCUCAUGAACUUUUAAAUGAAUUUUGAAUAUUUUUUUAUUUUUUAGCCAAAGUUACUGUGGACUUUUUUUUAUAUGACAAUCAUUGUGACAGAUUUCGAGCAUAAUAUUUCUAUCUAGAAUGACAAAUGUGUAAUCAAGAGAUUAUUUAAUGGCAAUGGAACAUUUUUUAUGAUAAGUACUUUUUAUUUCAUACCUCAUGUUUUUAUUUCGAUGUAAAUGAGAUGUGAAACCAAAAUUUGUAGUUUGGCGCCAUAUAACCUAUACUGUGUUGGUGCGCCGUAAAACCCAAAUGAAUGAAUAAAUAAAUUAUGAUAGGCCUUCUUUGAUUGUUACAAGAAUUAUGUGUUUGACAGUUAUUUUAAUAGAAGUGCAUGUGUUAACUUGUUAAUUAACGUGAGCUUGGCAUUGCUCCAUGGGGCCAUGGCUUAUUUUCAAAAUAAGUGUGAAAAGCAGUAUUUUAUCAAUGGAUUUCAUUACCUGAUGCAUUACACCCAAUGGAUGAGAAUUCACAAAUUCUUCAGCAGUAACCAUGGUGUUUUGUCAAUCAGUCAUCUUUAGACAGUGAGUUUGGCACAGUAGAACCCUAGUAUUAUAUCCGAGCGUAGUUUUAUUUUAUACAAUGUUGACAUUACUAUGUUUGGGGAAUAUGUACUACCGGUAUAUGCAAGUUUUUGUUUUGUGUUUAUUUCAUUUUUUGAAAUCAUGUUCUCUUUUGUUAAUAAUUUCAAAGUUAUCUAGGAUUUACUUCUUUUUCACUUAUUUUUUUUUUUGCACAUUUUAUGGAUACUGAUAUGCAUACUGCUUUAUGUCAGUGGUCACUUUUAUGAAUACAACUUAUAACACAUUUUGACCUGGGCUUAACUUUACUGGAAAGAAAAAUGAGUAAGUUUCUUUAAUGUGAGCAACAUCAUUUGGUUAGUUAUAAUUUGAAGUGUAGUUAAAAAAACAUUGUUUGGGUAUCAUACAAUACUAAGAAUACCAAUGAAAUAUUGGGUCAAGCUUCAGUGACAGAGGCAUAAGGUCUGAUGGAAGCAAUUCAUUAGUCUAUGGCUGUUCUGGUUUUAUUUUCUAUGUUUUGAUCACUUAAAUUAAAAGGAAUGUUUGCUCGUUAUGGAUCAGUGAUUUACUGUGUAAACACAGGAGUGUAGCAAGACUAAAAUAAAAAGUUAGCAUAUACAUGUAUAUAUAUAUAGUUGAUGCAAGGAAAUGUAGGGAGUGGUGUGGGAAUGACCAAUUUAAAUUCUGCUGUCAAUUAAAUGCUACAUACUACUAUAUAUUCUUAUGCAAUUGUAUUUUAUCUUGAUUUGUGUCAAACUUACUUGUGAUAUAAUGUUUUGGUGCAUCUUUUAGUACAUUUGGUGAAUGGGCGUUUUUCUAUGUGCUGGGGAUGGGUUAAAGUUUAUAUGAUGAUUACUCUAUAAAAAAAUAGUGUUAUCUUCAAUAAAUCAUGCUUAAAUUCUAAAUAAAUUCAUAUCCAAGAUGGCCAUUUAAUUUGAAGUGACUGUAAAUAGAGGAGAGAAGAGGAGUGUGGAAAUGACCAGUUUUAAAAAGCUGCAGUCAAUAAAAAUACUACAUUUUUUUUCAUAUGAUUGUGUGCAUGUGUAUUUUACCAGUAUCUUGAUUUGUGUCAAACUAACUUGUUAUAUUAUAAAUUUUGGUGCAACUUUGUUUUAGCUCACCUGAGCCAAAGGCUCAUGGUGAGCUAUUGUGACCGCUCAAUGUCCGUUGUUCGUCGUGCGUCCGUCAACAUUUUCUAAAAAAAAUCUUCUUGAAAACCACUGUGCAGAAUUACACCAAACUUCACAGGAAUGAUCCUUGGGUGGCCCCCUUUCAAAAUUGUUCAAAGAAUUGAAUUCCUUGCAGAACUCUGUUUGCCAUGGCAAUGGAAAAGAAAAACUUUAAAAAUCUUCUUGUCCAAAACCACAGGGCUUAGGGCUUUGAUAUCUGGUGUGUAGCAUCAUCUAGUGGUCCUCUACCAAACUUAUUCAAAUUAUCCUCCUAGGGUCAAAUAUGGCCCCGCCCCGGGGGUCACAUGGUUUAUAUAGAGUUAUAUAGGGAAAACUUUGAAAAUCUUCUUGUACAAAACCACAUGGCCUAGGGCUUUGAUAUUGGUAUGUAGCAUCAUCUAGUGGUCCUCUACCAAAAUUAUUCAAAUUAUCCCCCUAGGGUCAAAUAUGGCCCCGCCCCGGGGGUCCAAGGUUUAUAUAGACUUAUAUAGGGAUAACUUUGAAAAUCUUUUACAAAACCACACGGCCUAGGGCUUUGAUAUUUGGUGUGUAGCAUCAUCUAGUGGUCCUCUACCAAGAUUGUUCAAAUUAUUUCUCUAGGAUCAAAUUUGGCCCCGUCCCGGUGGUCCCAAGUUUUACAUAGACAUAUAUUAAAAAAAGUUUAAAAAUUUUCUUGUCUGAAACCACAACACUUAGACAUUUGAUAUUUAGUUUGUAGCAUUGUCUUAUGGUCCUCAACCAAAAUUGUUCAAAUUGUACCCCUGGGGUGAAAAGAGGCCCUGACCUAGGGGUCCAAAGUUUUAUAUAGACUUAUAUAGGGAAAAAACUUUAAAAAUCUUCUUGUCUGAAACCAUACGACCUAUGCUUUUGAUAUUUGGUAUGAUGCAUUGUCUAGUAGUCCUCUACCAAAAUUAUUCAAAUUAUGCUCCUGGGGUUAAAAGAGGCCCUGCCCUGAGGUCACUUAGUUACUAUGUAAGUUAUUUAGGAAAAAAUACUUAAAACUCAUUUGAUCCUAUUUCCAAGACUGUUUAAUAAUAAUUACCUGAUGACCCCAAGUAAUAUGAUGUCACUUGACUGUGAUCUUGACCUACUGGCCUACUUUCUUGUUUUUUAAGAUACAGCCUAGAAAUUUUGAUGACAUACACAGUUUUGCACACCAGUCGUAAAACUGAAUAUCAUUGACCAUGAAUGUGACCUACUGACUUUCUUAAUAUUUUAUCAUCAGUUUGAUCUUUGAAACAUGUAGCUCAUAUUACUCAGGUGAGCGAUCCAGGGUCAUCAUGACCCUCUUGUUUACAUUUCACUAUAAAUUGUAAAUGGCGUGUUUCUUUUUGUCGGGAAUGGGUGGAAAUUUACAUGACGAUUACUCUGUAACAGAUAGGAUUAUCUUCAAUAAAUCAUACUGAAAAUCUAAAUAAAGUGUAUAUCUAAGAUGGCCAUUGACAUUCCAAAUAAACUUUUUUAUUUUUGGA